GGGGCGGGCUCGACGGGCCCGACUUUUCCAGAAGACCCGGAUAGCGCCUCCCGGCCACGCCGAGCCGGCUGUGAGCUGUUAGCACGCCGGCUAUCCUCAUCCUCCUCUGCUGGAUCAGCUAUGGCGGCAGUGAAGACACUGAACCCCAAGGCCGAGGUGGCCCGAGCCCAGGCGGCGCUCGCGGUCAACAUCAGCGCGGCCCGGGGGCUGCAAGACGUGUUGAGGACCAACCUGGGGCCUAAGGGCACCAUGAAGAUGCUUGUUUCUGGUGCUGGAGACAUCAAGCUUACUAAAGAUGGCAAUGUGCUGCUUCAUGAAAUGCAAAUUCAGCACCCAACAGCUUCCUUAAUAGCCAAAGUAGCAACAGCCCAGGAUGACAUAACUGGUGAUGGUACCACUUCCAAUGUCCUGAUCAUUGGAGAGCUCCUGAAGCAGGCGGACCUCUACAUUUCUGAAGGUCUUCAUCCCAGAAUAAUAACAGAAGGAUUUGAAGCUGCAAAGGAAAAGGCACUUCAGUUUUUGGAACAAGUUAAAGUAAGCAAAGAGAUGGACAGGGAAACGCUUAUAGACGUGGCCAGAACAUCUCUACGUACUAAAGUUCAUGCUGAACUUGCUGAUGUCUUAACAGAGGCUGUAGUGGACUCUGUUUUGGCCAUUAAAAAACAAGAUGAACCUAUUGACCUCUUCAUGGUUGAGAUCAUGGAGAUGAAACAUAAAUCUGAAACCGAUACAAGCUUGAUCAGGGGUCUUGUUUUGGACCAUGGGGCACGGCAUCCGGACAUGAAAAAGAGAGUAGAAGAUGCAUACAUCCUCACGUGCAAUGUGUCAUUGGAAUAUGAAAAAACAGAAGUGAAUUCUGGCUUUUUUUAUAAGAGUGCAGAAGAGAGAGAGAAACUAGUAAGAGCUGAAAGAAAAUUCAUUGAAGAUAGAGUUAAGAAAAUAGUAGAGUUGAAGAAGAAAGUAUGUGGUGAUUCAGAUAAAGGAUUUGUUGUUAUUAAUCAAAAGGGAAUUGACCCCUUUUCCUUAGAUGCUCUUGCAAAAGAAGGCAUAGUAGCUCUACGUAGAGCUAAGAGGAGAAACAUGGAAAGGCUGACUCUUGCUUGUGGUGGGGUAGCCCUAAAUUCUCUUGAUGACCUAAAUCCUGAUUGUUUGGGACAUGCAGGACUUGUCUAUGAAUAUACAUUGGGCGAAGAGAAGUUCACCUUUAUUGAGAAAUGUAACAAUCCUCGCUCUGUCACGUUAUUGAUCAAAGGACCAAAUAAGCACACACUCACUCAAAUCAAAGAUGCAAUAAGAGAUGGUUUGAGAGCUGUUAAAAAUGCUAUUGAUGAUGGCUGUGUAGUUCCUGGUGCUGGUGCGGUGGAAGUGGCAAUGGCAGAAGCCCUGAUCAAAUACAAGCCCAGUGUAAAGGGCAGGGCCCAACUUGGAGUUCAAGCAUUUGCUGAUGCGUUGCUCAUUAUUCCCAAGGUUCUUGCUCAGAACUCUGGUUUUGACCUUCAGGAAACACUAGUUAAAGUUCAAGCAGAACAUUCAGAAUCAGGUCAACUUGUGGGUGUGGACUUGAACACAGGUGAGCCAAUGGUAGCAGCAGAAGUAGGCAUAUGGGAUAACUACUGUGUAAAGAAACAGCUUCUUCACUCCUGCACUGUGAUUGCCACCAAUAUUCUCCUGGUUGAUGAGAUCAUGAGAGCUGGAAUGUCUUCUCUAAAAGGUUGAAUUGAAGCUUCCUUUGUAUCAUCUGAAUCAUGAAGACUGUACAGAGAGUGAUCCAAAGAAUAUAGCUGUGGAAUUUUUGUCCCAACCUUCAAAGGAUUUUCUUUUCCCAUAUGAAAAAAGGAGAGAACACUGGCACCUAUUCAAAUUCUGAAGUUCUGAAAUUAUAAUUACAGUAUUUUAAAAAUUGCACUGCAGUGCACACACAUACAGUAGGCCAUACUUACCCAAUGAACAGGACAUUUUGCUUUAGCUUUAGUGAUAUAAAAAUACAUGUUAACUAAGCAUAUGUCAUCUACCUUGUUAUUAAAUAUUCCUUGAAAAGCAAAUUUUAAUGGUUUAAUAAUUUCUGCUCAUGUAUGUAUUUUAAUUUAUCUCCAGUAGUUCCUUGUCAUUAAGCAUUCAAGUUUUUAUGCUAAUAUAGAUAAGACUUAAGUAACUUAAGGUUUUGAAAGCAUUCAUGCCUGUCUUGGUAUAGAUUCCAGUGAAUAAAACUAUUGGAUCAAUUGGACUUUUCAAGCUUUUAAAGUAGCUUUGGAGUUCCCUGGUGGUUUAGUGGGUUAAGGAUCUGGUGUCGCUGCUGAAGCACAGGUUCCAUCCCCGGCAGGGGAACUUCCAAGUGCAGUAGGCACGUCCAAAAAUAAGUAAAUAGAAAUAAUGAAGUAGCUUUGCUAAAAUGCUCCCCAAAAAGGUUAAGUCAUAGUGGAAAGAUGAGUGAACUAGAAGCAAGGAAAGGGUAAGUGCAAAGUGACAAAAUAGAAAAAGCGGAAGUAAAAGCAUGUCUGAAGCUGUGGUGAAGGAUGAGGUGAGAUGAAUAGAUAUCGGGCUGACUAUAUUUUCAUACCUUGGGACAUACAUUUAUGCUAAAAUAGCCAUCCCAAGCCCUCUAGUGUCUUCAUCCAAAUUACUGUUCCCUCCUACAUGUUUCCACAAAACACUGGUACAUCUCUGAAGCCCUUGAAAGUGAAGUUGUAUGUUGCUAAACAUUGUGUGUUGAGGAUUCGCAGUGAGUGUGCAAUAAAUGUUAAGCUGAAACCUUU